AUUAUAAAUCAAAUAUUGAAAUCUUUUAAUGUAUAUGAUGAUGAAAAUGACUAAAUUAUCAUGAACAAUGAUUGGAAAUAAAAAAUAUAUUGAUAAUAAAUAAACAAUUCACAACUAAGACGCAUGCGCUUGUCGUAAGUUUACUUACAUGUUGUUACCAAGGCAACUAAUUUGUUUUUCAACUAUCGUGCUCACUUUUAACAAAGUAUUAUUUUGCUAAACAAAAACAAGAAAAUGCAGCAAGACGAUGGUCAGGAAAAAACGCAGCAGCUGCAAAACUUUCAAUCGGAUGACUUGCUGGAAAAACUGAAAUUACUCAACUACGAGAAGCAUUUGCUCAAGGAAUUCAAACUAAAGCCAUUGUCACGUUUCUAUUUCGUGAAGGCCACCAAUCCCGGCGAGCAGUUCUAUAUGUUCACUUUAAUAUGCUGGUGGCUUUGCAAGAAGCUUGGAAAGGAUAUGGAGCGGCCACAGGAGUACGAUGAUCCCAACACAGUGGCCGCCAAAAUCAUUCAAAUGCUUGGGGAGAUUGAUGUCCCAGUGGACUUUCAGCCCAAUAAACUGAUUCGUGGAGCUGGACCCAUUUGCCUGAUGGUCCUGGAUGUCCUUUCCACGCAGGCCUGCAAAGUGGCCAAGGUGGGCUACCAAAAGCUGCACAUUGCCCAGGAGGAGGAGUUCCUGGGGGACUAUCUCGAGGACAACGCUGAGAUCAUCUUGGAAAAACUGGAGGACGAGCAGAAUGCGGCCGCUUUGAGUGAUGACAGCGAUAUGGAGUUGGAGGCGCACAACUUCAGGCAACUCAAUUGGUUGAAUCGCCCGCAGAGGAAGUCCAUUGGCGAUGUGAAUCUCGAUGAGCGGAACCAGGAACUGGAUGCCCGGAUGAGCGAUCAUCAGGAGUGGCGUUUGGAAUUGGAGCGAGUCCUGCCCCAUCUGAAAGUUUUCGUCAAGGCAGAUGCCCGCGAUUGGAGGACCCACAUCAGUCAGAUGGAGGCCUUUGGAACGAGCAUUUCAGAGUUAUCGGAAACCACCGAAGCGCAACUAAAGAAACUCCACAGCGAGUUCACAUUCAGCUUGGAGAAAAUCGAAAGUCGCGAGAAGCAUUUGAACAACGAACUUCAGCCGUUGAUUCAACAGUUCAAGGAGCUCUCCAUCGAACUGUCCACCAUUCAGUAUGCCCAAAACCAAGUGCAGGCGGACACCGAGAAGCAGAUGGCACAGCUCAGCGAGGUCCUCAUGGAGCAGGAGCUCAAAAAGGAGGAGAUGGAGCGACGUGGUCAGGUCAUGUCCGAUGGCAGUUCGGUGCAGCAGAUCAGGAAAUCGAUCGCCAAGCUGAAGGAGGACAUUGCGCAACUGAAUCUGGAGGUGGCCCUGCUGGUGCAUGCCCACGAUCAGGAUAUUGUGGUGCGGCAGUUGCACCAAACCACCGACCUGGCAAACAACCCAUAGAUAAGGAACUACUUAGCAUACUAUCUUAUUGUAUAUAUCCCUGCCGGGGGAUGUCCCAGCCCGAUCUUUUCACACCUCGCAAAUGGGUGUGCGGCUGCUCUCGUUUACACUCGUUCUCAAAGAGAUAACUGCACUGAAAAAAAAUAAUAAACAAGAAAUAUAAAACUAUUAAAGAUGAGCUUCUUUUUAAGACGGUUUCCCCUUAAGGUUA